GUUCUCGGGAAUAUUUUCCUAAUAGAUCAUUUAGGCUAGUCUACAUCCAUAGGCUAUUCUGAUAAACUGCUGUGAGUGAGGGAUCUUGAAUAGUUUGCUUUGUGUGCUUGACACCGUGGUGUCGAUAUUUUGCUUACACCGGUGUUUCUUAGCCCUAGGGGAUGCAUUGUGCGCAAGGGAAGAAUUUGCGGGCUCUAAUAUCUCACUGUGCGUGGGAAAAAGUGGUGCAGACCAGAGCAGUGUAGGCUACGUAGAACACACGAUCGUUGCAGCGCCAUCAUGUUGAAACACAGCAGUCUAAAGUCGCUUUGUGCAUCAGUAAUCCGCUCAAAUGUCACGAUGCAGCAGGAGUUGACCGAUCGGGCCUAAUCCAUGCAAAUUGUUUGAAGGUAUCGAGCAGAGGGACCAGUAGGAUAAAGAUGGUGAAGCGGAAUGUUACGCGAUCUACCAGUUCCUAGUCAUGAACAGGCAGUGCUGUGAGUGGUGUCUCCUAGGAGACGGAAGGACCAUGUUCUAAAGGUAAACAGACCACAGCAGAGUGAUGAGCUACAAGCAGCAGGGGGAGGGGCUAGGUGAUGCUAUCUUGGAGGAGCAUAAGGCUUCACCUGCUUCCAGAAACCGGCAGCCCAAUAGCACAGGGGGAGAAGGAGAAGGGGUCUCUGUCCGGAGAAGUUGGAGACCCUGCCAAAUGCUCGGUCAGGAUGGGCAGGAACAUCACCACCACCAUCAUCCUCCUAUUCCGCACCAAGGCUCGGGCCGCGGCCCUGCACGGCACCGUAGACAAACUCCCUCAGGGCAGGGCCCAUCCAGACAGUGGGAGGGAGCAGACAUGGAGCCUCCUCGCCACACCCAGCCGCCUCGCCCUGGCGUGGCCUGCUACCGCCGCCAGGGAGAGCCCAGGGUCAGAGUUCACAGACAGAGACUGCUGACGAGAGAUGGCCAAGACACCCACGCCCUGCCAUUUCAACAGCAACGGUCAUCUGGCGCUCCCCUGACUGAACAGAGGGACAUGACUGGUCCCGCAACAAUGAAGCAGCAGCACCCCCCACACUCCUGUCCACCCCACCACACACAGAACAGUAGAGCACCUGACCUUACUGCUGGUACCUCUCCUACCCCCACACACCACACACCAUGUCCUACUGCCCCUGAUCCCCCUUCCCAAGACCUGCAUCAAACCCUUCCCAACAUAGAGUCUCCCCAACCUCAGGAGCAAGAGGAGGAAGGGUACAGCUCAUCCAUAAUGCAGUCUGUUAGUACUCAAAGUGGAUUUGACAACCAGACAGACCUAGAGAACCAGAGGGAGGGGGGCCAUGGAGAGGGGGAGCUAAAAGAGACCGGUCUGGGAGAAGAAGACAGGAGCGAGAGGGAUCUGGUAGAGGAUGAUCAGGAAGAUGGAACUAAUGAGUACUGUUCUGACACUGAGAGUGCUGCCUCGCUAAGCAUGGAGGCUCCGCCCCUGAGUUCACCUCUUCACCAAUCACCAUUCUUGCCCCCUCCACUUCAGUCUGAGAACUCGGACCAAUGUAGUGACGAGUUUAGCCCAAGUCCCACCUAUGAAAAUGACAGAAUGCCUGAUGAUGAGAGCUACACUGAUUCUCCACUGUCCCACCCCAAAUCCUUCACCUUCAGAAACUCGUAUCCUAAGACUUAUGCAGAAUUCUAUAAUGAGUCCUACCCACAGUCAGAAUCUAUCACAGAAUCCAACACAGAGCCCUACGCAAAAUCCUACCCUCAGUCUUUCCCUGAACCCUUGAAAUUGAUUAAUUAUCCAGACAGGAGAUCUGAGGCUGACCCUGAUGAGCCAUAUUCAGAACCUCACCCAGGGCCCUGCAGUCGUAGACAGAGGGAGCAUGUUUAUAAGGGAGCUACAGACACUGAACCCCAACCCCGUGACUCCUGGCCAGGUAGGGAUGUGGGGUUGCCACAGACCAGCCCCCAUUGGCAGGGACGCUCAGUCGGCUCAAGGCUACACCACUACAAUGACACUACGUCUGAUGGGGAGGACGACAGCCUCAAAGAAAGCCCCAGAUCCCAAAGCCUGGGGCCACCUCCCUGGAACGUGCAAGGUGAAGCCCAGUCAGAGCGUCCCAGCUCUGGGCAGCCUGGUACAGGUGAGUUCCAGGAUGAGCAGGCUGAGAUGGAGCUCCGACCUCCAGCGGAAGGCCUUUCAGAGGACAGUGUCACAGGCUCAGGGGAUGCUAUCUCUCUGGCCAUCAGGGACAUCCGAGAGGCCAUAGAGGAGGUGAAGACAAAGACGGUGCGCUCGCCCUACACUCCUGACCAGCCCAUAGAGCCUGUGUGGGUGAUGAGACCGGAGGUCAGUCCUAAUGAGGAUGAAUCCUCCCCAGAGCAGCCACCGGGUGGCGAACUUGUCUCUCAGUCUCCUUCACACUAUAACCCAGUCCCAGCCCGAGUUCCUUCCUCUGUCCAUGUUCCAGUACCAGCUCCAGCCCCAUCCCAAGUUCUAUCCCGAGUUCCAUCCCGAGUUCCGGUGCCAGUCCCAGAACAUAUCUGUCCUGUGAGGGUAGAGUCCUCCAGAACACACCAGGUUCAGCAGAGGGAGCAUGGAGAACAGAGGGAGCCGCCUAGGCCACCAUCCAUUGAGGAGAUCCAGAGGCAUAUGCCGUCCUUCCCUACAUACGUGGAAGUCCCAGGGCCAUGUGACCCAGAGGACCUGAUUGAUGGCAUAAUUUUUGCGGCCAGCUACCUGGGCUCCACCCACCUGCUGUCAGAGAGGACUCCCACUAAGAGUGCCCGCAUGCAGCAGGCCCAGGAGGCUAUGAGCCGUGUCAGGACCACACAAAAGCAAGCUAAAAACAGAAAGAAGACUGGGGGUGAGAUUCCUUCUUCCACAGAAGUGGAUCUCUUCAUGUCUACACAGAGGAUCAAAGUGCUGAAUGCAGACACUCAGGCGUCCAUGAUGGACCUGCCACUGAGGACCAUCUCCUACAUCGCUGACAUAGGCAACAUGGUGGUGCUGAUGGCCAGGGGGAAGAUGGUACGCUCCAGGAGCGCUCAGGAACAUCUGAACCAUACAACUGACCACACCAACAGCCCUGCCCGCGACGACCUCCCCCAGUACAGGAUGGUCUGUCACGUGUUUGAGUCGGAGGAUGCCCAGCUCAUAGCCCAGUCUAUUGGCCAGGCCUUCAGUGUGGCGUACCAGGAGUUCCUGCGGGCCAAUGGCAUCGACCCAGAGGACCUGAGUCAGAGGGAAUACAGCGACCUGCUCAACACUCAGGACAUGUACAACGAUGACCUCAUCCACUUCUCCAAGUCAGAGAACUGCAGAGAUGUUUACAUAGAGAAGCAGAAGGGAGAGAUGCUGGGCGUGGUCAUAGUGGAGUCAGGCUGGGGCUCUAUUCUGCCCACCGUCAUCAUUGCUAGCAUGAUGCAUUUUGGGCCUGCGGAGAAGUCUGGUCGACUCAACAUUGGUGACCAGAUCAUGACCAUCAAUGGAACCAGUCUGGUUGGACUGCCCCUCUCCACUUGCCAGAGUAUCAUCAAGGGUCUGAAGGUCCAGUCCAAGAUUAAGUUGAACAUCGUCAGGUGUCCCCCCGUCACUAUGGUGCUGAUCCGCAGACCAGACCUCCGAUAUCAGCUGGGCUUCAGCGUACAGAAUGGCAUUAUCUGCAGCCUGAUGAGGGGGGGCAUUGCUGAGAGAGGAGGGGUCCGUGUCGGUCAUCGCAUCAUUGAUAUCAACGGUCAGAGUGUGGUGGCUACACCUCAUGAGAAGAUUGUUCAAGUCCUGUCUAAUGCAGUGGGAGAGAUCCACAUGAAGACGAUGCCUGCAGCCAUGUACCGUCUAUUGACUGCCCAGGAACAGCCGGUCUACAUCUGAGACUUGCUCUCUCUCCCUGGACAAAACUCUCCAUUCCAGUUCACAUUAAGGGGAUUUUACUUCGGUUUUUAUUUAAUUACAUUCAUCAGCCACGUAUUUGACUUUCACAUCACUGUUUGCUUAAAAUCAAAGUAUUUUCAUGCCACUCCGCACUGAUUUGCCUUAAUCUGAACCUGUUAAACAGGUGCAUCCCUGAAGUAAAACGGCACAGAGUAGUUUACCAGGCAGAUUAAUGAAUUUAAAUGUGUAUUGAGGAGAAACAAUUUUGAUCUUUCAGGAUCCUAUGAAUGUACUGUAAACUGUCUCCAUGGGGGCGUGGUAACCCAAAUGUGAGCUUUUCAUUGGACCAAAAGCACUUCUACAGCCUUGCAUGUAACUGCGAUGUUGCAGCUGUGCUAUAAUUUGCACCUGGUUGAAUGAACUCCCAGAAACCAUCCUGCCUGAGGCUGCAUUAGAAACAAAACAGUCACCACGACACAAAUGAAAGUUUAAAAUAGAUUUAUUUGAGAAAGUCAACGACUCACUAGUUGAUUUCAGCCGCAUGAGGAGGACCAUGAAUCAAAUAGUAGAUGCAUAUACAGAUGGUCGAAACACCCUGGUAAAACAAGAAUGGCGCAUCUAUACUGUAUAUGCC